AUGAAUGGAAGCGCCAUAGAACCGCUGGCGCUGGACGCAGCCGACUACGACCCGAUAUCACAUCUGAAUCAAAUCUUCUCCCACCCCUCCACCGUCCACUCCGUCUCGCGAGUAUCCAGCACCCUGCGCGCCCAUCAAGAUGACCUAUCCCGACAGGUCUCUGCCCUCGAGCAGGCCCAGGCCUAUGGGCCCGACAGUAGCCUUGAGCGCAUGCAGUCUGCUCAGGCCGAGCUCGCCGGUCUGUUCAAGAAGAUCGAGACGGUGCGCAGCCGCGCCAUUCAGACCGAGCAGAACAUCACCAACAUGACCGCCGAUAUCAAGCGCCUCGAUGGCACCAAGCGGAACCUCACCUUAUCCAUGACCGCACUCAAGCGCCUGCAGAUGCUGACUACUGCCUACGAGCAGCUGCGCGGUUUGGCCAAGACCCGUCAAUACCGCGAGUGCGCCAGCUUGCUGGCUGCUGUGCUCCAGCUCAUGCGCCACUUCAACAGCUAUAGGAGCAUUGAGCAAAUAGCCACCCUCAGUAGGGGCGUCAGUGAGCUGCAACGCGAGCUGCUGGAGCAGGUCUGCGAGGACUUUGAGAUGGCAUUUGCAAAGGACGAGGUUGGGGCAAAGCGGGCGACCUUAGUCGAGGCUUGUGGUGUCAUGGAUGCGCUCGGUGACAAUGCCAGAUCGCGUCUGAUGACGUGGUAUCUGAACACAGAGCUCCGAGAGUACCGGCAAGUAUUCAGGGGCAACGACGAGGCUGGAAGCCUAGACAAUAUAGGCAGGAGAUACGCCUGGUUCAAGAGGAUGAUGAAGGGCUACGAAGAGGAACACGCCGCCAUCUUCCCGCCACAUUGGAUGGUUGGCGAGAUGCUGGCCAUGGCCUUCUGUGAUGGCACGAGAGAUGACUUCAAGGGCAUCUUGGAACGAAGCAUGCGCCGCGUAGAUGGGGCCAAAAUUGACGUUAACCUGCUGCUGAGCUGUCUCCAAGAGACCAUGGAUUUCGAGCAAAGUCUCGAAAGAAAGUUUGCUGACAAGCCGAGGGCGAGUAUCGACACUCUCAGCUCGGCUGACGAGAGAACACAGAAUUUUAAUGGAUCGAUAUCGGUUGCCUUCGAGCCAUACCUCAGCCUCUGGGUUGAAUCUCAGGACAAGGCGCUUGCUGCCAUGAUACCAAGAUACAAGGCACAGCCGCUUAUACCGCCGGAUGAAGAAUUCUCUCCGCAAGCCGUCAUCGGCUCCGCAAUAGAGCUCUUUCACUUCUACAAGGUCACGUUGUCACAAUGCGCCAAGCUCUCGACCGGAGAACGGCUGUUGGACUUGACCAAGACCUUCUCGAGAUACCUGGAUGAGUAUGCGCAGCAAGUACUGUUGGCGAUUUUGCAAAGAACCGGCCCAACAGCGGCAUCUCUGGAGGAUAUUGUUUUAGUGAUCAAUACGGCAGACUUCUGGCAUACCAACACAGGUCAGCUCGAGGAUAGUAUCAAGAAGCGAAUAGACCCUGAGCUGGGCACCAAGGUCGAUCUAUCCUCUCAAGCAGAUGCAUUCCUCGGGGUAGCUAGCGCAGCAGUCAUGACGCUGGUCAAUCGAGUGGAAGCUGAUUGUGAGGGUGCUUGGCGCGAGAUGAAAAAUACAAACUGGAGCAAGAUGGAAAGUGUCGGAGACCAGAGCUCGUACGUUGGAGAGCUUUUGCAGCACAUUAAUGCAAAGGCUGAAGAGAUAUUGCACGUCUUGGCAAAGCAGCAAUAUGCCCGUGCUUUUGCAGACAAUCUUGUCGAGCACCUUGCUGGUACAUAUAUUGCAAAUAUCGUACAAUGCCGACCAGUAUCCGAGGUCGGUGCUGAGCAGAUGCUGUUGGACAAAUACGUCCUGACCAAGGCAUUUGAGAACCUCCUUUCUUUCCACAACUCCUCAUCGACCCCCCAUGUACCGGCUGUUGGGUUUGUGAAAAGGGUGAAUAACACAAUGACCCGUAUCGACCCCUUGUUAAAAACUCUCCAAGUCCGACCCUCGCCACCAGAAGGUCUGGUGCAGGCAUACCUUAUCCACAUUGGUGACAAGUCGGACACCAAUUUCAAAAAAAUACUCGACCUGAAGGGAGUGCGCAAGAUGGACCAGUCACAUCUCCUCGAGCUAUUCCAGAUUCACCGCGAAGGGUCUUCCAACGACAAGCUGGUAGCACAAAGCCCUCUGCUUACACCGCUCAUGAAUGCAUCUGCUGCCGGCAACACAGUCCCAAGUAUCAAUCCAGGCUCCGCAUUGAUGGGCGCACAGGGGGCUACCAGAUUUGAUGCAGCCAGCCUAGGAGAGAAGUUGCUGAGUGCAGCUAGAGAUGGCGUGGAGAGAAUAGGCACACCCGGCCAGCAGAGCGCGGCAGGGCAACAAGCUGCGACAACCAUGAACGAGAAUCUAAAGAAUUUUGGAAAAUUCUUCCGAAGAGAUAUCGGAGGGCUAGGCGCCAGAUUCGGCAAGAGCGGCGAUGAAUCGGGGAGGUAA